AUGAUCCCUCGUCGGGCUUCGCGCUGGCUUGUUCGGCUUGCCGUGCUCGCAGUGAUUGUGCCGCUAAUUCUCCAGUGGCUGGUCGCCUAUGUCGUUGGGAGCGAUGCCCGAAUUCUUCCACCCGAGCUUCUUCUCGCCAGAAACCUCCUGCUCGUGACAGCCCACCCCGACGACGAGUGCCUAUUCUUCUCUCCCAGCAUUCUCGGAGUUCUUGAUCGGAACAAGCGGGUGACUGGUGGAUUGCUGGUCAUGUCCACAGGCAACAACUACGGCAAAGGAGACACCAGGAAAACUGAGCUCGCCGGCUCGUGUGAAGCACUCGGCAUCUCGGCGGAUCGCUGCGUUGCCCUUGACCAUCCUGACCUCCAAGAUAACCCCAGAGAGUGGUGGAACACUGAGCUCAUCGAAGGGUUUGUGCAUGAGCACGUGAGGAAAUGGGACAUUGAUGCUAUCAUCACAUUCGACGAAGGUGGAGUGAGCGGACACAUAAACCACAGAGCGGUCAGCGCCGCCGUCAGUCACUACACUGCGACGAAUCCCCAGUCGCCCAUCGCGUACACGCUGACGACCACCUCUUUACUCCGAAAAUACACCAUCCUGGGCGACCUCCCUUACACAGUGCUGCCCUUUUUGUGGCGCAUUAUCGAGGCGCUAUCCUACCCCGCCAUCACAGCUGAAGUCCGUGAAGGCGGCACGGCCUUGGUUGCGAAUACUUGGCACCGAUAUCUCUUGACCCGUCGUGCUUUUGCCCAGCACGACAGCCAGUACAGCUGGGAUCGGCACUUGUACAUGAUUUUGAGCCGAUAUGUCUGGUUUAAUGAUCUGAAGAGGCUUCCUCACACGGCUGCUGACGAAGCAUUCAGGACAGCCGUCAAGACCUAG